GCCCCGCACUCACGCAGCCUCUCUCUUUGUCUUUCCGCAGAGUAACCUGACAGACGGGGAAGAAGAUCUGCCUGAAGACGCUUUCUCGCUGCUGUCGGUGCUCCUAGUUGGACUCCUCCUCGUGAUCCUGAUAUUCUUCUCCGUCGCCGGCAACGUCCUGGUCUGCGUGGCGAUCUACACCGACCGCGGGCUACGGAGGAUCGGCAACCUCUUCCUGGCCUCCCUGGCCGUCGCCGACCUCUUCGUCGGUGGGCUGGUGAUGACCUUUGCCGGGGUCAACGAUCUCCUCGGCUACUGGAUCUUCGGAAUGUGGUUUUGCGACAUCUGGAUCGCCUUCGAUGUUAUGUGCAGCACUGCCUCUAUCCUGAAUCUAUGCGCCAUAUCGCUCGACCGUUACAUACACAUCAAGGAUCCCCUCAGGUACGGCCGUUGGGUGACCAGAAGAGUUGCCAUUGGCGGCAUCGUCGUUGUGUGGCUCCUAGCAGGACUCAUAUCCUUUGUACCGAUCAGUCUAGAUCUUCACAGGAAUGAUGAUGAUGAUCAACCUGCGUUUGACGAAGUGGAGGAGCACCCUACGUGUGCCCUAGACAUUACACCCACCUAUGCGGUGGUGUCCUCUUGCAUAUCUUUCUACGUGCCCUGCAUCGUGAUGCUGGGUAUUUACUGCAGGCUCUAUUGCUACGCGCAGAAACACGUGAAGAGUAUCCGAGCAGUGACGAAGCUGCCGGACACCUCCAUGGCCAAGAGUUUUCGCUCGAAGAGCAGUCGCUGCAAGCCACCGAAGCCGCAGACGAAGACGAAGCCAACCAGCCCUUACCACGUCUCCGACCACAAGGCCGCGAUCACCGUCGGCGUAAUCAUGGGCGUAUUCCUGGUAUGCUGGGUACCCUUCUUCUGCGUCAACAUCGUCGCAGCCUACUGCAAGACCUGCAUAUCUCACCGAGCGUUCCAGGUUCUCACGUGGUUCGGCUACAGUAACUCGGCCUUCAACCCGAUAAUCUACAGCAUCUUCAACACUGAGUUUCGGGAGGCGUUCAAGAGGAUCCUCACGAAGGGGGCACGCGCGCGGGGCAACCAGCCGUCGACCAGCGAGUGCGGUGAGUUCCGUUCAGUGGUGGUGCAGAAGCGGAACGGCUCCAUGGUCGAGUGUAACAUCAGUCCGAGAUCGAGCGCGGACAGCUGCCAGGUCGGCAUGAUGGCUCAACGACAUCGCGACACCAUCGUCAGUGCCAUAUAAACGAGCGUCCCUCUCGACUCUCGGUCAUCUUAAACGAUCUCUUUCUGCUGGGUCUCGCUCUCGCUGCUUACCUCCCGAAAUUCGUCGCGGUCGUCCGAUCGUUACUCGUCGAUCUUGUGUCAAAGAAUUUUCCGACAUCGUCCGGCGAGGAGUAACGACGCAUUAGCGCGCGAAUUGAAACAUGCCUCACGCAAGAAGAAUUCGUUCUUCGUCUCGUGGCGUGUUAAUCCUCUACGAUCUUUCGCGUCGCAGGGGACACAUCGAUUUUACAAAACAUUUUUAUUUUCAGCAUUUUUAGAUUUACAGUCUUCGUUUUGCUGUUUCGAGUCCCGCAGGGAGUGAAAAAGCCAUCGUGAUACAAUCCAUGACAGAUUGCACGAUUUCUCUAAUGGAACGAUCGCUUUAUUGUUAUUGUUUUCGUACGAACUUACGUCAGUGUGUAAAUAUAAAGUCAGCAUACGGCACCGCCUGUACCAACAAGCGGGGUUUACUCUCGCGUGCUAAAGUUUAGUAUUUGCAUCCGCGAAGGAUUUGAACGCCAAACCGCCCGCCUGCUCAAAGGAAGACUGCUGCUGCAGUUGCGACGACGUUGCGCUCUCGCUAUACCGCCGCUCGCGUAAGAUAAGCAUAAUUGAGGACUGUUGAAUAAUACUCUCAGCCAUAUUAUUGAAUCUCUCCUCACGUAAUAUCGAUCAAUGUUCUAGUUAGCCUGUUCGUUGAUUUGGCCCGAGGAUUCUCUUGGUCCAAACCGGGUAAACGCGUUUGCUCGUAUAUCCUCGGCGUCGGAUUUCUAGAGAAGCAAUAUCGUUUAAUGCAGGAGCAAUGCAAAUUGAGAAUCGUUUGCUGGAUAUUAAAAUGAGCGCUUCGGGUACGUUGUCUCCGCGGAGUCGUCGUCGCGACUCGAUUACGAUUAAGCGUAAUGAUAAUUACGAGUGACGCGCGAGUUUUUUUUCGAAGUGCGAUAUUUUCGUUGUAACAUAUUCGUAUGAUCGUGGAAUAUUUUCUCUUUUUGUUUUUAUAGCGAAGGAGCGAAGGCUGUGGUGUUCGACCGUGUAAGCGCGGCAUUUCGCGAAGACAUCAAUCAUUGUAAUUAAGACAAUCACCGGAACCCAAACUUCGAAACAUAUCCCGAAGACAUAAUCCACCGAAAUCGUAGUAUUGUCUUGUUCUCUUUUUUUUCAUUCUGAUUUUUUUUUAAUUUUUUUUUUAAGCAGUACGACGACAGGCAUAGAAUGGGAUUUGUCGAUUAUUAGAAGAAAUCCAAGUGUAGCGCUUAGGAUACUAAUCUCGUCAAGCAAUCUCUUUAAUGGAGCAAUGUCGAUAGUCGAUCUACGAUGUUAAAAGCUGGAUGUUACUAAAAAAAAAAUGCUGAUAUGUUUCUGAAUAGUAACGUCUGUCGAAACAUCAUGGGAAAUAUAUAUAUAUAAAAAAAGGAAAAAAAAUUUAAUAGCAAUAGGUCAGCGCAGCGGCGCGCGCGACGCGCCGUUCCGUGAACUAUAGAAUUCAUUUUCCAUCCUGUAAAUAGCCAUGUAAUUAUUUUUCUAUUUGACGGGCGCGAAGAGAGACAUACACGGCGGGAUACUCGCAGAAAUGCGAGGGUCUCUCGUUUCAUGGGCGCGCUCAUUGCGGAUGUACGCGAAAUCGUCGUCGAGCACCCGUCGAAUCUCAAUUCAAUUCUGCAUCACAUAUCCGAGUGGAAGGAAACGAGCCAAUUUGGCGUUCGCGAGGAUCCGUCGAGCUUCCUUGGUACAUCUAUAUCUACGAUACAAAACGCAUUACGAUCCGGCGCGAGAGGAAACGAAAAGGAAUGUCACAUGCGAAUGCAGACGCGUUGCAGACUGUAGAAACGGUUGUAGGGAAUAGCGUGGAACUCUCUAGACAGCAGGAUCUGUGCGCAAUGUUGAUGUAUACUACUGAUAUAUUCGAAUGACCGUUCUCUGUAAAUAUAUUAGACUAAGACUUCGACAAGGGUAUCUUGACUCGUGACUUUUUACUGAUUUCCUCUUUCGUCCGAUUCCUACGUCCCAAUGAAACAAUGGAAAAACAAACAGCAAGCGCCGAAAAAGGUAUUCUUAUCGCAUACACUUAUAUCCCCGGAUAGCCAAAUCUGUCGAGAACAGAUUUUGAAAGUACCUGCUGCAAAUUUUGUUGAUAGAAUGUCAGCAGAAAUGUAACAGAAUCUGUUAACGGAACGUAAUGGCAUAUUGAAACUGAGCAAAAUCAACCAUUUCGCAACCAUUUAAAGGGUGUAUUCCGUUCAAAUGUUUAUGAAAUGACAGAUUCUAUUCGGUUUCUGUCGACAAUCUGCUGUCAGAUUAUAUUGACACAGGCUUUGCCGGCAAAACGAGUUUAAUGCGGGCGCAGAUAAUACCAGAUCUGUUGUGAUAUCUGAGCAAAUCUGCUGCCAAUCUAUUAUACCUCGAGCAGUUUGCUUAUUGGGUCUAUGAUACUUAUAAGUAUAGAUACUUGUACAUACUAAUAAAAUUUAAUCUGCCUGAAGUUAA